AUGCCGCUCAUAAUCCUAACCGGCUUCCCCUGUUCGGGCCUCACCUACCGCGCCCAUCAAAUCGCCUCCGGGCUCGAAUCCACCCAAUCCACCCUCUUCGAAUCUGGCACCAUCCCCGCCUCCAAGCCGCGAUACAAGAUCAACGUCGUCUCCACGCACGAUGCAUCCCAUCCACGAACCGUCUACGAUCAUGCGCGCACCGAGAAAGAGGCCCGUGGCGUCGCGUACACCCGGGCGAAACGACUGCUUGGCAAGGACAGUUUCGUAAUUCUGGAUGGCAUGAAUUAUAUCAAGGGGUAUCGGUAUCAAUUAUGGUGCGAGGCCAAGGCGCUAGGGACUACAUGUUGUGUGGUGCAUGUCGGUACACCCGUUGACCAAUGCGUCGCGAACAACGACGCACGCAUACUUCGCCAGGAGCACCAGAUUCAGACGGGCACAAACGAAGCCACCCAGGAUGUGUCCGCGGGGACAGCGAGAGUCGCAGAUGCAACCGCAACCCCAGAAACCCCAACCGCCAACUUAACAGAGCCCUACCCCGCGGAACUCCUCAAUAACCUCAUCUUCCGAUACGAAGAACCCAGCACGCACAGUCGCUGGGAUAAACCCCUCUUUACCGUGCCGUGGGGGGACGCUGAGCCCCCGAUCGCGGACAUCUGGAGCGCGCUAACUGGCAUUCCACACCCAUCUGUUUCCGAAACGCCCGACCACGAAGCAUCCAGCCUCACGUCCUCAUUCGCAGCGACGCACAUUUCCUCCGGCGCCAGCGUAGCGGGGUCACUUGCGACGACAGCUACGCGGGCAGGCGGGCUCGGACGGCCGCGCGUAAAAGUACGACCGCACCAGGCGACCGUGCUGCCCGUGUCGACGGACUCGUCAGCCCUAUAUGACAUGGAGAAACGGACAUCGGCGAUCGUAUCGGCGAUCCGAAACUUCACACUCUCGACGCCGUCCGCAGAAACGGCGUUAGCACAGAGCGACGAGUCAAAGGGGAUUAGUAUCCCGGUGGCGGAGGCGUCAACCCCGGUGUUCAUCCCGGCGCAUGUGGCGAUUUCGGGAACCACGGAUGAGUUAGCCGGCGCAGGUGGGAUUCUGGCUCUGCCGCGAUUGCAAAGGCUGCGGAGGCAGUGGAUCUCGCUGAACCGAGCAUAUAUCGCGGGAGGACACGCGGCGAAUACGGCAAUGGCGGGGGGGAUAGUUUCCGGGCAAAUCGGAGACGCGUUUGUGCGGUUUUUGAAUGCGGAGUUUGGGGUCGAGGAAGAGUAG